AUGGAGGUGCAAGACAUAUUCGAAGACUUUCAAGAUCCUGGUCCUAUCCCAGCGGAGGGUUAUAACGCUUAUAAGGUCGCUAUUCGCAAUCUGGAUUUCUACUUUCGCGUCGAGGAGAAUAUACCUUACGAGCGCCAUGUUUUUUGCCAGCUGUCACUGCAGGAGGGGGAGACCGCUGACCAGUUUAUGGCACAGAGUGGUAAUUAUGCAACAGGAGGUAAACCGGAUCAACCAAGGAGGGAUUUUGAUAGACCCCAGUCUUACGAUGCUAACUUCGUGGGCGAUCAGAACGCAUCUGACAGCGAGGAGAACUGUGCUUUUCCAUUUGCAGUUACAGAGAAUCAAGGAGAAACAUGCAAUGCAACCCGUCUCAAAGAACCAGUGCUGAAAUUGAAUAUUAAUGGCAUUACAACAAGAGUACUCAUUGAUUCAGGGUCAGUAAGUAACCUCAUAGGAAUGGAAGAAUAUGAAGAACUUAAGGCCCAAGGCCUUAACGCGAAGAUGGAGGAUUGCCACAAGCUGUUGUAUGCGUAUGGCGGGAGAGAGUUGGAAAGUGGACGGUGUCUGCUUGGCCACGAAACCUCACAAGCUCUGGGUUUGCUUCGUAAUAGUUCGAGCGUCAGCAGUGAAUUUGUGGAAUGCAAUGUCGUUGGCGAGAACUUAGCGCUAGUUCUUCAGGCUAAGUAUCCAACAGUGUUUGUUGGCGUCGGCAAGCUGAAAGACUACAAACUGAAACUACACAAAUGUCGUUAUGAUGAUGAACAUGUCCGGAUGGUUGCUCUCAAAGCAGUCCCCGUAGCCAUUAAGAUCCAGGAAAUAGAGAGUGCCUCUGCAGAGGAUGAAGAGUUACAAGCCGUGCAUAAUUGCCUUGUUAGUGGAAAUUGGGAGAAGGGCGCACGGUCAUUUUUGAUGGUGCGAACCGAAUUGACGUUCAUUGGUAAAGUUAUACUACGUGUAACACGAGUUGUGAUACCCAAAGUGCUGAGAUAA